AUGUCGAGCCUACGGGAAUCGUUAAGCGCCGCAGAUGCGAUGCUUUUCAAGGAGGAAGCGCUGACACCGAUCUUUUGUAAGCCGAAGCUGCUUCCAUUGAAAACAGUCACUACCCAAAAACUGGAUGCUAUGCAGAAAGAGGCCAGAAAUCGCGUCAAAGCAGCCGAAGAGGUCCGUGUUUUCAAAGGAUAA